AUACAAUUUGCUUUGUUCAUUUUGCUCCAGUGCCUGUCUGCUGAGGACAUCUUUUUUCUUCAUGGGUUGCCGAAUAACAGCCAGAUAACAAAUUCCAGUCUCCACACGAUAUGUCCUGCUGUCUUACAACAGCUGAUUUUUCACCCUUGUGAAAGCCAGAAGUCCAAGAGCAAAUCAAAACCAACUCCAUCAGAAGUUUGGGGUUUUGGAUUCCUGGCCGUGACUAUCAUUAGCCUUGCAUCACUUCUGGGAUUGGUCUUAACUCCUCUCUUAAAGAAACCAUAUUUCCCCAAGAUUUUAACAUAUUUUGUGGGCUUGGCCAUUGGGACUCUCUUUUCUAAUGCAAUUUUCCAGCUCAUCCCAGAGGCAUUUGGAUUUGAUCCCAAAAUAGAUAACUAUGUUGAGAAAGCAGUAGCUGUGUUUGGUGGAUUCUAUAUUCUCUUCUUUGUGGAAAGGAUUCUUAAAAUGGUAUUGAAGAUCUAUGGCCAGGGUGACCACAAUCACUUUGAAAUUAAUGAAAAGAAUAUUCCCCAGGAUAAUGGUAAUCUACCCAAACCAGUGAAAUCCAGCAAUGGAAUCACAUGCUAUGCAAAUUCAGCUGUAGUAGAGCCUAAUGGAACUCUUUCCUAUGACAAUAUCAGUGUGGAUCCUGGUCAGGAAGAAAAAAACCAAAGGUGCUCAUGUAAAUGUUUUAAGGGGCCCGCACUAUCCGAGAUUGGAACAAUUGCCUGGAUGAUCACACUGAGUGAUGCUUUACAUAACUUCAUUGAUGGUCUGGCUAUUGGUGCCUCCUUUACCUUGUCUCUUCUUCAGGGACUUAGUACAUCCAUAGCAAUCUUAUGUGAAGAGUUCCCUCAUGAACUUGGAGAUUUUGUCAUUUUGCUUAAUUCAGGAAUGAGCACUCGCCAGGCUUUGUUUUUCAACUUCCUUUCAGCCUGCUCCUGCUACAUCGGGCUGGCUUUUGGCAUAUUAGUGGGCAACAAUUUUGCUCCUCACAUCAUCUUUGCAUUAGCUGGUGGCAUGUUCCUGUACAUUUCUCUGGCAGAUAUGUUCCCAGAGAUGAAUGACAUGGUAAGAGAAGAAGUAACGGGAAGGAAAAAAGAUUUAACCUUCUUCCUCAUCCAGAAUGCUGGUUUACUGACAGGAUUUGCUGCUAUACUACUGAUUACCUUGUAUGCAGGAGACAUCGAGUUGGAAUAAUGUGACUGAAGAUGUUACCAAUAAUGAAGACAUUAAGUAAAUUAAAAAUGGAAGAACACUUGAAAUCCAUACAGGGACUUUCAGUUCAUCUGCUUGGUUUUAAACAAUGACCCUGUUUUCUUCUGGAAACUACAGAAAAUUAUAUUCUCCUUUUAGGACUCCCAAAUCAGUCCUAUAAAGGGGACUUUCAACUUCUACAUAUUACAGAAACCUGAUUGAGAGAUUUGUAUUUUAAUUGAAUACCUGCAUAAUGAUAAAAAUAGCAUUAUAUGUUCAAUGGAAUUAAGCAGCAGGCAAUGCACACGUACUCCAUAUGACUCGGAUUAAAUGGAAGAGGGAUUCCUUGAGAAGGACAUCAAUAUAGAAGAAAAUUGGUGAAAACUCAUGGCCUUAUUGCAAGUAUUGUGA